CAGGGCAACAUAAGAAUGGCGAGUCACGCGGAGGUUCGUGACACCUCACCAAAGUUGAGAAGGAAGAGUACUCCUCGAUUUUCUAACAUACACGUCAGGUCUCGGACCAUGGAGCGGUCCAAGUUCUACGAGGACCUGGUGGAGGAGAUGCGCCGGAAAAUGUGUUGCCAUAAAAAUCGAGAAUCCUUACUUAGCUCCUCCAGUGGAUUUUUCAACUAUCGUGGGAUGCUGAACUGGGCUGUGGUUGUGUUGCUUUCAAUGAGUGAAAGAUCAGGGUACGCUGCACAGAUGAUCAAUCUUGGAGCAGUUCUAUUUUUUCCACUGUGUGUUCUUACCACACUGAGUGCAACGGGUGCAGCUGGAUCAGCUCUGGUCUUGGGAAUACAUAGCAUCAUGUUCAUGAAAUUGUACUCAUACCAUGAGGUGAAUCGGUGGCUUCGUGAAGAAUGGGCACCUCUUGGUCUAAAAUCAGCUAUAAAACAUCCAGGUAUUUCAUCAUGUGCAUCUGAUCCAAGCAACACUGGUGGGGGCAAUCUACAGCAACUGGUUACCUUUCCAGACAACUUGACAGUAAAAGAUCUUUACUAUUUUUUGUUUGCACCAACACUCUGUUACCAGAUGAAUUUCCCAAGAUCCUCAAAAAUACGGAUACGUUUCCUUCUGAGACGACUAUUAGAAAUGAUAUUUUUGAUCCAUGUUUUUAUUGGAUUGAUACAGCAGUGGGUUUUGCCAGUAACUCGAAACUCAAUGCAGCCUUUUGUUGAGAUGAACCUGACUAUGAUGAUUAAUCAGUUGCUGCUGAUAGCGAUUCCCAAUCACUUCAUGUGGCUCAUAUUUUUCCAUUGGUUUUUCCAUUCAACUUUGAACUUUAUUGCUGAGCUGAUGCGGUUUGGAGAUCGGAGAUUUUAUCGAGACUGGUGGAACUCUGAGACUCUCACUUACUUCUGGUCAAACUCAAAUAUUAUUCUUCACAAGUGGUACAUGAGACAUAUUUAUAGACCACUGAUUGAAAAGGGUUAUUCAAAGUGGGAAGGACAAGCCUCAGUAUUCGUCCUGUCAGCAUUGUACCAUGAGUACCUAAUUGCAGCACCACUUCGUAUGUUCCGCAUGUGGUUGUUCAUAGAGAUGAUGCUCCAGAACAUUUACAGAGUUCUAAGAGGUUCCGACUGCUUGGUUUCUAAGUAAAUAUUUAAGAGGAUUCUAUGGAAAUGCAAUUGUAUGGGUUUGCAUUAUUUUAGGCCCUCCACUGGUACUGCAUAUGUAUAUCCAUGAUUACUAUGUA